AUGCUGCCCUACCUGUUCCCUGAGCUGUCCACCUUUGCUACAGUUGCCGACCUCAUUACCCACCUUCACACUAGCGACACUCGUCUUCGGGCUGCCCUCCCCUCAGAGUUCUGUGCUAAGAACCCACCUCCGUUGUACUGGACGCUCCACUUCCUCGUCAUCCGUCUCCCUGACUCUCUUCGUUCGGUCAGGGACCACUUUCUUGCUCGCUGUCCUACUGAGCUCACUGUCGACCUCCUAGAGGAGCAGCUGUUAGCCGCCGAGAAGAGCAUCGUUACUGUAGGUGCCGCUCCUCGCACCCCCAUCUUUGAGGGGUGCUCUCCCUCCCCCCUUGCUCCCUCCUUCGCUUCUGCUGCUGUUGUAGACCUCCUUGGUUCUGAGUCUGUUGGCGCUGCCUCUGCUUCUAGUGUUAGGCGUCGCACAGGCAAGGGCAAGGGGGUCAAGGGUGGUGGAGGCGGCACUUGGGGAGGCGGAGGAGGAGGCGGCGGCGGCGGUGGUGGCGGGAGUGGUAGCGGGAGUGCUGGCGGGAGUGGUGGCGGCGGUGGCGGCGAGGGCAGUGGAGGGAGUGGGGGCGGUGGAGGGAGUGGAGGUGGCGGCGGCGGUGGGGGCGGCAGGGGCGGUGGUGGCGGUGGCGGUGGUGGUCGGGGUGGUGGCGCCGGUGGUGGCCAGAGCCAGCUGCAGCAGCAGCGCCCUCAGACGACCCAGCAGCUUCGUGAGUGGCUUGCUCAGCGUGGGACGUCGGCGGGUAGUGGUCGGUGCCCGUACGUUAUUCGCACAGGUGACCGCAGGGGGCAGACUUGCGGGAGGUUCCACACCCGGUACCGCUGCUUCUCCCGCCUUAAGGAGAUGGGUGACGAGGUUGAGCGCCCUCGCUGGGCUGAUCUGAUGCGGGCUGGUGUCGAUAUCUUUGCCCUUGACUUUGAUGCUAUCAUCUCUGCCAUGUAUGCAUUGACUGUUAGUGCUGAGGGGGACUGUUACUUGUGUGUGCCGCCUGACCCAGGUAUAGAGCCCGUUGCUUUAGGUGCUAGCGAGUCUGCACUCUCAGGUACUGUCCCUGGUGAGGCCUUGCACACGUUCACUCUUGACUCAGGUGCUUCUCGUUGUUUCUUUCGUGACAGCACUGCACUCACACCACUCCCUGCACCUGUUGCAGUCUCUCUGGCUGACCCCUCAGGGGGCCCAGUUCUUGCACGGUCCUCCACUGUGCUUCCUUGUCCAGCGGUUCCGUCAGCGUGUGGCGAUCUGUACGUGCUCCCGGACUGGCCGUCACUUCGCCACGUUCACUCGUGCGCCUAG